GUCCGUGCAGCCGUGUGUCGCGGCCCAGCCGGGGCGGCGCGGCGGGCUGACGUCAGGGCGGGGCUGGCACUGCCCGCCGGCGGAGCGGGGCCGCAGCGGGAGCGGAUCGGCAUAGGCGGCAGAUUAAGCAACAAUGGCAUUUGUGAAGAGUGGCUGGCUGCUCCGGCAAAGCACUAUUUUGCGGCGCUGGAAGAAGAACUGGUUUGACCUGUGGUCUGAUGGCCGUUUAAUAUUCUAUGACGAUCAGAAUCGCCAUGAUAUAGAAGAUAAAAUCCACAUGCGAAUCCAUUGCAUCAACCUCAGAGUGGGGAACGAAUGUCGAGAUUUCCAGCCUCCGGAGGGAAAGCAGAGAGACUGUUUACUGCAGAUUGUCUGUCGGGAUGGAAAGACCAUCAACCUCUGUGCAGAAAGUGCAGAUGACUGUUUGGCAUGGAAAAUUGCUCUUCAGGAUGCCAGGACAAAUGCAGGCUACGUUGGAUCUGACGUGAUGUAUGAUGAGACAGCGAUUUCCUCAGCCCCUCCUCCCUAUACAGCUUAUGCUACACCAUCACCGGAGGUCUAUGGCUAUGGCUAUGGUCAGUACCAUGGUGCAUAUCCCACUGUGGGUCCUCAAGUCUUCUAUGCCUCCAAUGGACAAGUCUAUGAUGUUCCCUACCAGUAUCCAUACCACGGACCAUAUGGCCAACCCCCUGCAAACCACGUCAUCAUUCGAGAGCGUUACCGUGACAGUGAUGGAGAUCUUGCACUGGGCAUGCUUGCUGGAGCAGCAACUGGAAUGGCUCUGGGAUCAUUAUUCUGGGUCUUCUAGACUAUUCAUUCCUUAUCUUUGUAGUUCCAAAAACCUUUCUCUGUGUGCAAUAAUAUUUUGGCAAUGUUGUUUACUGUUAAACUUUCAAAAAUGCAAUAGUUACUUUCUAGUAGUGACAUCUUAAUAACUGUUUCUUAACUGUCCAAAGGAGAGUUUAUAAGGCACCAGUUAGUGGUUGGAAAAGGCAUGUGCUGCUCUUUGACUCUUUUCUGACAUAGUAGGUUCUAUGGAGAUAAGGAUCAAUAUGAGCACCCGAGUAGCCUGGUCACAGUCAGCAGUAACCUUGUGAACAGACUGUUAACAUAAACACCAGUGGAAAGAACGUUGUUGGGGUUCUUUGGGGGGUCUAAAAUCCAGUCCAAAUAGGUUUAUAGGAGACCUGAAUUAGCAUAUAUAUACUACUGGUUUCUAAACAUCCCCUGGACUAACAUACAGCUCAGCAGAAACUCCUUGGCAUUAGGCAGUCUGCCAUGCUUAAGGACUUUUAGUUUUUAAGCUUGUCUGCAGACGGUGAUGCAUUUCCUUAGAUAGAAUCCUCUGCCUGUCUCUCACGCCGUCUAAGCAGAGUUGUCUGAGCACGUACGAAGCGAAUGGCUGAGAAGCAGCAGUCAUCUUUUGUUCUUCUCCCAGAAAUGGGAAUGACCAGUGGCAAAGAAGACCAAUAUUUAUUGUUCCAGCUCCUCUAAUGAGGGGAAAAUACUGGAUCUUUACCAUCGCAAGGGAACCUCCUGUUCUGUAGAAGUCAGACUCCUCAGACGCUGUAAGCAGCUGCACUGCAGAGGAAGAGGCCGUUGUUUGGUAUCUCUGCUCUUAAUGACUGCUGCUGCUCUGCAGAGUCUGCAGGAGAACUAGCUUGAACAACUUUGUCAGAACCCCCUGCAUGCAGUAUUAGCCCAAAGGGAAGAGAUGCAAACAGCACAAGCAGACCUUGCAGACCGGAACUUUGAAAUCAGCUGCCUUGCUGUGGCUGGGGUAGCAUUUGUCUAUUCUCAGCCUUCAAGUUGUCAUCAUCCAGGUUCAUUACCUGCACCAGGUUCAAGUGCAGCUGAGACUGGGUUUGUUCCAUGCACACUUCCCUAUAACAGACUGCUUCUUCCUUUUCAUGAAUUAGGGAAAACACUCCAGGGAACCUGGCUGGCUCUGCUUUUAUGACUGGUUCCUUACACAGUGUGCUCCUGCAAGCUGCUGUGCUAUGGACUGUAACCCAGAGGGCAGCUGCUGUGUGUGCUGUGGCCUGGUUCAUUAUCCUGUUGUAAUCCAUGCUGAGCUGUGCUUGGCAGAGGAAAGAAAGCUGAAAGGAAACGCACGUGGCUUCCUUAAUCAGGUAAAAGAGGCAGGGUGCCCAAGAUGAGUUCUUUAUAGUAAGAGGUCUUAUUUUUAUACUUCCACUUCCAGCUUCCUGUAAUGAUCCUGUUUUAACAUGUUAAGGCUUCUUUAUAUGCUUUCAUUCAGGAGAUUCAUUCCUUUGAGGUUCAGAGGCUUUCAGGUAUGUUACGAAAGAUGAAAAUAAAUGAAAAUAUGCACCCACAUAAAUUCAGAUCAAGCUCUGACCUUUUUCAUUUCAUCCCAAAGCUGUUGUGGCUGUAUCCUACAUAUUAAAGCAAUAGAGGUCUUGGACAGGAAUGUGGAUGGCAGCCAGGAGGAAGCAUUAACUUCUCCUGACUCUUAGGGCCAUCUCCAACAAACUGAAAUAAUGGGAAGGAAACAGACUUAAUGUUUUCUUGGCUGCAUAACUAAAAGUGAGCCUAAUGUAAACUUUCAAGGAGCUUUGGCUUGGAGCCAUAUAUCAAUGUCCAUGCUUGUCCUUUCAGAGAUUAAUGAGAGGUGCAUAUGUUCUGCCAAUGGCAUGCACUAAAAGGACUUCAAUUGCUGCAGGUUCAAAAAGGACGAAAGCAGAAGUUUCCUAUUGAUAGGCAUAAAAGGAAGGAAGAGUGCUCUACUUAAGUUCUCACAGAGGCCUGGGAUCUUUGAGUUCAGGAGGUGGCGACUGCCUCAAACUUUAGCAAAGAAAGAUUUCUACAGUUCUUAAGCCUUGAAAUAAUUUUAUCUCAAUGAUUAUGUGUCUACACCGCUGUUGUGCUGCUGUAUAACUAGAUGCAGAAUGCUCCCAUCUCCUCCUCCUGUGCUAUUUAGCUUGUUAGAGGGGAAGAAAUUAAAACAAUUGAACGUAAUUCUGAUUCCUUUCGAAUUCCACAGUGAUUGUUAAAGAAUAGCACUAAGUGAAUCAGCUGCUAAGGUCAGAGGGUUAUUUUUCCUUUUGUUUUUGAGAAAAAACACAGCAGGAGAACACAUAGAUUGUGUUUUCAAUAACUAACUGUAUGCAAGAGCCCAGCUUCUUCAAGUGAAGCAUUAAAUAUAUUGGUCUGGAGAAGAAGCUCGGGUGAAACCUUAUUGCUCCCUACAACUCCUGACAGGAGGCUGUGGUGAAGUAGAGCUCAGCACCAGGCACAUACUUUCCCAGCUGGGGCCUAAUGCCUCUUUCAACCAUGGGAACCCCACCUCCACUGCUGUGUUAAGAGCAAUGCAGGCAGUUAGUUAAGGAUGACAAAAGCUAUUCCACAGCAGCAAGAAUACACUCCUGUUCUCCUCAGAUGUGUCUGUGUCUUUUCCUCCUCAUGAUAUACGACUAAGAUACAUGUAUAUAUCAUGGAGGGCAGCGUGCAGGAAAUGCUUUCCCCCCCCCCCCCCCAUUCUAGAUCAUUCUUGUUUUUGCAUACUACCAUAAACGCUGCUUUUCCUCUGCACCCCUACUAAUUUUUAGCAAAACAUCACUAGCAAUAAAAUCCAUAUUUGAGCGUG